AUGGCCAUCUCUUCCGCCGCGCCCCAGAUCCCGCCUCUAGAGCCCUCGUCCCCAAUCUUCCAGCGAACCCGAGCCGCCCUCGCCGCCAUCAUGCCAGCCGACUUUGACAAGCAGAGCUACUGGCACAAGCGCUUCGCCUCCGAAAAGGCCUUUGAGUGGCUCGUCAAGUCGGCCGAUUUCAUGCCGCUAGUCGAGCAGGUCCUCGAACGGUUGGACCCGGCCACGGCACGGAUCCUCCACAUCGGCUUUGGCACCAGCGACCUUCAAAACCACUUCCGGGCCCGGGGCUUCCGCAACCUUCUCAAUGUCGACUACGAGCCUCUCGCCAUUGACCGCGGCCGCGAACUUGAGGCACAGGCAUUCGGGGAUGUGCAAAUGCGCUACGAGGUUCACGAUGCCACACAGCUCGACCUAAAAGAAAAGUUUGAUCUCAUCGUCGACAAGAGCACCGUUGACGCUAUUUCAUGCGCCGGCGAGACCCCGCUACGCCGUAUGGCCGCCGGCAUCCGGAAUUGUCUCACCGAUGGCGGUGUAUGGGUUUCCCUCAGCUACUCUUCCUCGCGCUUCGACCUUGAUGACCUACCUUUUGACAUCGAGGUUCUCGCCAAGGUUCCUACGCCUAAGCUACUACCACAUGAUCCGGACCUAUACUACUGGUGCUAUCUCCUCCGGCCGAAGCGAGACACGCCCUUCGACUCCCCCGCCGCAAUGGACGACAAUCCCGCCGGGGAAGGCUAA